GCUGCUCCAGUUUGACGGCGUGUGUAGGAGAGGAAGGGUGAAUUAGCACAGCACCACAGCCUCUUAAAAGAAGAAACGUCCUCAUCAUCAGCAUUCGGAGACCAAGUUGAGGAGGACUCAUACUCGGACAUCACGAAAUUACUCCGACACACACAGGAAGCGUGAAUUUAGGAUAAGUGAUUGUUGAUAAGCGGUUGCGCUAACUGUUGUGCUAACACCUCGUUUACAUCCAGCGUCAUCUGGCAGCAUCAUUCUCCGAUCUAAUCUGCUCCAGACCCGACACUAACCGCACUCUUGCGCUGAAGUCAGGCGUUCAUUAAUUGUCUUGCCCCGCCGGGAAGGGUGUCGAAGCUGAACCCCUCCUCGAGGCUCCUGUGCUCCCCUGUCACCUUUGCCCCCUCUCUCAUCCGAAACACUGGACACACACAAGCUGCCGGAGAACGGCGAGAGGCCCGUGAAGCUGGGGGUGGUACCGGAAUCGCACCCUGUCGGGGCGCCUAUAGAGAGGCAAAGUCUAGGGGACGCUCCGACGAACAUGGACGGGGUGUCGGUGGAGGUGCGUGGCUCUAACGGGGCCUUCUACAAGGGUUUCAUCAAGGAUGUGCAUGAAGACUCGCUCACAAUAGUCUUUGAAAACAACUGGCAACCGGAGAGACAGCUGCCCUUCAGUGACGUGAGGUUGCCGCCCCCACCCAAUUACCACAAAGACAUUUGUGAGGGAGAUGAGGUGGAGGUUUACUCCAGAGCUAAUGAGCAGGAGCCCUGUGGCUGGUGGAUGGCGAGGGUGAGGAUGAUGAAGGGAGAGUUCUAUGUGAUUGAGUAUGCAGCCUGCGACGCCACAUACAAUGAAAUCGUCACAUCUGAACGAAUCCGGCCAGUCAAUCCCAACAGUCCUUGUUCUCAAAACUCCUUUUUCAAAGUUCCCAUCGCUGUACCUGAAGACCUCCGAGAAAUCUGUUUGACCGAGAACAUCCACAAAGACUUCAGGAAAGCAAUCGGAGCCAACUGUAUCUUCUAUAGUGCAUCAACACAACAGCUUAUUGUCCUGUCCACAAAUGAGUCCACAGUGAAGCGAGCAGGCCUUCUGAGUGACAUGCACUUCAGGAGUAUUCGUACCAAACUCAUGUUGAUGUCCCGCAAUGAGGAGGCCACCAAACACUUAGAGACAAGUAAACAGCUGGCGUCUGCGUAUCAGGAAGAAGUGAGGGUGCGUGAGGAUCUAAUGGGUCUCGCCAUCGGUUCCCAUGGCGCCAACAUCCAGCAGGCCCGCAAAGUUCCUGGUGUGACUGCAAUUGAGCUGGAAGAGGAGAGCUGCACAUUCAGGAUCUAUGGAGAGACCCCAGAGGCAGUUAAACAGGCCAGAACAUUUUUGGAGUUUAAGGAGGAUUCCUUCCCGGUACCUAGGAACCUAGUAGGCAAAGUCAUUGGCAAAAAUGGCAAAAUCAUCCAGGAGAUUGUGGACAAAUCUGGUGUUGUUCGGGUCCGGAUCGAAGGGGACAAUGACAAAAAACUGCCCAGGGAGGAUGUAGGCAGGCAGGGGGAAGGCAGAAACAACACAGUCAGCGGCCAAGAGGGAUUGGUUCCCUUUAUUUUUGUCGGAACCAAAGAGAACAUCAGUAAUGCUCAGGCCUUGCUGGAAUACCAUGUGGCCUACCUACAGGAGGUGGAGCAAUUGCGCCUUGAACGUCUACAGAUAGAUGAACAACUGCGUCAGAUCGGGGUGGGAUAUCGUGCUCCCCCCAGCCGCUCUGGUUCCGGGGUUGCUGGUGAGCGUGAUAGAGGUUACCUUACAGACGAUAGCACCAACUCCCUGCAGACCACACGCACGUAUGGAGGAAGAGGUCGUGGUCGCAAACCAAACAACACAUACUCUGGUUAUGGAACAAACUCUGAAUUGUCCAAUGCAUCUGAGACGGAAGAGAUAGCAGACAGAGAUCCAAGGCCAAGAGGAGUUGAAAGAGAUGAUAGAGGUUCAAAGCGUGGGGGUCGUGGCCGUGGCUCCAGCGCUGGCAAGGGCCGGGGUGGACAGGGACCCAGAAACACUAACACUAUCAGCUCAGUGCUUAAAGAUCCGGACAGUAACCCAUACUCUCUGCUGGAGGGGGAGGGUGAGCUCACCGGUGAUACUGAUGCCAGCGAGAGCAUGGGCGGGAAUGACCAUAGGAGACGUUCACGUCGUCGCCGUAAUGACCAGGAACCCAGUCUGAUGGACGCAACCGCCAACGAAUCAGACAGCCAGGCAGCCGCCAGCGAGAACGGACUGGAAGAAGAGGGCAGGCCACAGCGCCGCAAUCGAAGUCGCCGCCGCCGUAACCGUGGCAACCGCCCUGAGGGAGGCUCUGCCAGCCGUGACAGACAGCCAGGUGAGGUAACUGUUGCUGACUUCAUCUCUCGUCCUGAAUCCCAGAGCAGACAGAACCUCCCGGGAAAGGAUGAAACUCAGCAUGCAACACAUCCCAAUGAAAAUGGGACUAGCGUGAGUAAGGAAGACUCACCCUCUAAGCGUUCCCCCAGCAACGGCGUGGCUUUGCCUGGGGAGGCUCUGACCCUGGUGAAUGGCGUUUCAUAAGAACCUAUUUCGCCCUGUCAAGACCCACGUCUAGAGCAAGACACCACGGCGAACUCUGUACCUGCUUGCAUUCACGUAAACCUUUAAACUGACGAAUGAAAACGACUAAAAUCCUUGAAUUUAUACAAGUUUACGAGAAGAAAAAGAUACAAAAAAUGACAAAUGCAUCUACUUUAAACCACACAUAACAGUGUAUGUUUAUCUUAUCUAUCAGUACUUAGUGCUUAUUUAAGACAAGCUUGCCAAAAAGGAGCUGAUGGAUAUGACUCAAAAUUCUGACACAACACAGAAAACAGGACGUGACUAUUUGGGAUUUUUUUCAAUUUUUUUUUUUUUGCUGUCGUCAUUGCUGUCAUUUUUUGUUUUUGUUUGUUCGUAUUCACUGAUGUGGGAAUGUAAACACACUCCCAAACAGACGCAUCUCUGAAACAGUGUUAGCAAAACGAGGGAGGAGGUGCUAGCGGAGAGGCAAUGGGAUGAAGGCGGAGCCUCUCGUAAGUGAGUGAUAGUUGAGUCUGAGGUACUCUGAAAAUAAGGGCAAAAAGGGGUAAAGGAGAGACAUUGUGCCUUGAAUUUGAAAAACUUGAGUAUUUUUUCCUUAAUAUUUACAUUGUUCAUGGGAUGAAUUAAAUGGUUACUGUUUUUUUGGUGUUUUUAUUUUGAAAGGUUUAUGCAGAAAGAGCGUUGGGUUAUGAAUAAAAGGAAAAGACAGAAUAAUGCCAAUUGUGAAAUUAGGACAUUCGUCCACCAUCGAGUCAUUAUUUGAAAGGCGUUAGUGUGUGUGAGUGUAUGAAUGUUUGUCUGUUUGUACGUGUGUAGUUGUGGGAGAUGCAGUGGCAGCAUUUCGAUUUGGAGGAGCGUUACAUGAUCAAAUAGACGGCCCAGUAGAAUUCAUACUGAUAGGAUUCCUUUUCUACAGUUGAAUUGGAGGAAAGCAGUCUUUCCUGGGUCUCUGCUGUAGUGAAAGCAGCCUUACCAAACAGAACCAGAGAGAGAGGUAAACAAUAAACAACAAACUGACAGGUUUAUUCGCAGCAACCCGCCAAAGGUUCUAGUGGAGGGGAGGAUUUGAUGUGUGUUGUGUACAUGUAGAAGGUUGCGUGCACGCACACUAUAGAUUCCGGUCCUUGUUUACAUCUGACUCGAGGGAGUUGUUGGCUCCUCACUGUCGCCUCUAGAGUGGAUGGUUGGUCUUUGGUCAAGAAGGCACUCUGGGAACAGUGCAACCUCAUAAGAUGAAAGCUAGAAGCACUGAGACGGUCAUUCACACACAUCUGAAAGCUUUGUCUUUGUAAUACACUCCAGUUUUCUUCGAGUUUUGGCCUCUUCUGUCUCUGCCAGGGAGCUUUGAUGUUGCACCAGAGAAACUAUUGAAGGUGUUGGUCAUGUCCCUUGGUUGUCAAGGUUGAUAAAAGUUAGGGACCCCUCCCCCUUACUUUAAUACGUUGUCUUUGUUCCUGCUCUCAAAUAUUUUUUUCUUUCCACAUCAUAAAAAACAGAUUAAAAUGGAAAUGAAAUAAAUUAUUUCUGGAAUGAC